GCAUAAGCUAUAAGGAAGGGAGUUGUCCUGCACUCCAUGGAACAGAACUACAGGAAUUAAAUUGUAAAGCGAGAAGGACAAAGGUAUCUUGCCCAUCACUGAGCGUCUGAGGAAGAUGAAGGUGGAGAUGUGGAAGGUGCACGCCACGCUGCAGGAUGGCAUGGCGAGGAGUUGGAUACCUCCAAAUGCGGAACUCAUAUUGGCCGAAAUGGCGCCACGCCAUAGGGAAGCAAUGGAGGCCAAAAUGCGUGGCAUGGUGCACAGGAGCCAACAGGCCGCGCUUAAAACUGCCAAGGCAACUAACCGAGCUGAGAGGGCUUCUGCCAAGAGAGCUCUCGACGCUCUCGACGCUGAGCGGGCUUCCACCAAGAGAGCUCUCGACGCUGAGAGGGCUUCCACCAAGAGAGCUCUCGACGCUGAGAGGGCUUCCACCAAGAGAGCUCUCGACGCUCUCUACGCUGAGAGGGCUUCCACCAAGAGAGCUCUUGACGCUGAGAGGGCUUCCACCAAGAGCGCUCGUGACGCUGACAGGGCUUUCGCCGAGAGAGCUUUCGACGAUCUCUACGCUGAGAGGGCUUCCACCAAGAGAGCUUUCGACGCUCUCUACGCUGAGAGGGCUUCCACCAAGAGAGCUCUUGACGCUGAGAGGGCUUCCACCAAGAGCGCUCGUGACGCUGACAGGGCUUUCGCCGAGAGAGCUUUCGACGCUCUCUACGCUGAGAGGGCUUCCUCCAAGAGAGCUCUCGACGCUGAGAGGGCUUCCUUCAAGAGAGCUCUUGACGCUAAGAGGGCUUCCACCAAGAGAGCUCUCGACGCUGAGAGGGCUUCUACCAAGAGAGCUCUCGACGCUGAGAGGAGCGCCCUCAAUUGGAAAUCGAAGUUUCUGAAGGCAAAACGGGACUAUGAAAUAGUGCUGGCACAGUUGGAAAGAGGUGGCCCGCCGCCGGCUUCUCAAACGGCUGGAGAUGGUGAAGACAGUGGUCCUGCCGAUGAUAACAGCCAGGACGUGGACAACCAAAGCCUGCUGCCUUCUCAAACGGCUGGAGAUGGUGAAGACAGUGGUCCUGCCGAUGAUACCAGCCAGGACGAGGACAUCCAAAACCCGCCGCCCUCUCAAGCUCCUGGAGAUGGUGAAGACAGUGGUCCUGCCGAUGAUAACAGCCAGGACGUGGACGUGGACGUGGACAACCAAAGCCUGCUGCCUUCUCAACGUCCUGGAGAUGGUGGCAAUGUUGGGGAUGAAGGUGUGUGUGCUGGUGAGAAGGUCAAUAUCAUCCAUCCAUCCAUCCCAUUUUCUACCGCUUGUCCUUUUUGAGGUGGUGGGGGGGUCGCUGGAGCCUAUCUCAGCCACUUGUUUAAUAAAAUUAUUAUUGACAAUGCUACAACAAUGUGUUCAAAUGAAUGGCGUAAAAUCAGACUGAAUAAUUAGUGAUUUGCGUGUGCCACAAGGAUCUAUUUUCAAAUAUACACACAUACAUACUGUUACAGUCCAGCACCUAGAGCAGGGGUGUCAAACUCAAAUACAGAGUGGGCCAAAAUGUAACAAACUCAAAUACAGAGUGGGCCAAAAUGUAAAACUGAACAAAGCCGCGGGCCACUUUUAAUAGGGACCCAAACAAGUUUUGCAUUGAAUAUUGAACAAGGAAGGCUUAUAUAACUUUAUAGUGACAUGCAACAUCCAGUUGCAAAUAAUAAUAAUAAUAAUUAAAAAAUAUCAAUGGCAUAUUGAUAUAAAAAUUGAAAUAAAAAUGAAAAUUUCUAUUUGCAGCCUUCUGAGGUAAAUAUCAACAUUAACUUUUUCCACAGGCUAAUAAAUUAGAAAAUAAAAUAACAAUGAAUAAACCAACCAUUCAGGACUUUAAACUGCUCAGUGAUCUAAUCUGAUGUGCCCAAGCCAGAUACCUGCCAUCUUUUCUUGGAUGCUAGUUCAUUCAUGUCGGGGCUCAGGCUUUGAGCUGAGGCAACCUUCAUUAUCCAACGAAGGUGUUCAUCAGUCAUUAUAUCUCAUAGUCCACCCGGACCACAGUCUUGGGGGCGUGCCUUUAAGGUCCUCCACGAGCUGUUGUUACAAGAUAUGUGCGGCUUCUGUAUGAACACACACGGGAAUGCAACGC